CUCCUUUGCUUUUAGGAAGAGGACACACAUUGGCCCUACAGCUCCCCAACAAACACACAGUGUAGCAAAACAGCCUCAACUUAAUGGACUUACACUUGGCGACUUUUUUUCCUGGAUGUUUAACAACGUUUAAUGUUUUUUAAAAAAAGUAACUUCAAGUACCUUCAUGGUGUUUUGUGGUCAGGACAAUGUACUUGGCUCCUGAUGAACUGAAGAUGUCCGUCCAUUCAACGGCAUCAAAAAACUCGGCAGUAAAUUUCGGAGCAAAAUCUUGGUACUUGAAGUCAGGAGGAUAAUUCUUCUGCAUGAAGUCAACAUAGGGCGUCUUCUUCUGCUUUUGCCAGUACCACCUGCGAAAUAUACACGUUGUACGGAACAAGAAGCCCUCAGAUAUUUUAUUAUUUCCAGAAAACAACAAAUACAAGGUAUCCAGGCGACUCCUCAGGUGACCAGGACUUCCUUCUUCCGUCUUUCGGGACAGACUGAGCAGCCAAAUGGUUUUGAGGAAGUAGUUACGGUUUUUUUUUUAACUGUGGACUGCAUCUUUAUCAAAUGACGAGCGAUGGUAAAACAGUUUCAUUAUGGAUGGAGCGCUUACCAGAACCACUCGCUUCCGAAGCUGGGCACGGAGAACACCCCCCAGUGAAUGAAGAUGCCGAACUUGGCCUGGUCAUACCACUCUGGCAGCGGUCUGGAGUCGAUGGAUUCCCAGUUCGGCUCGUAUUUGGCUCGGCUACAGCUGAGCCACAUCAGGCACAGCAGCAGGCACUUGGCGGACAAACCUGCCAUCGUUCCUUGGAAGUAUGAAGCGUUCAAGUGCUGUGGUCAUGUGACGACUUUGGCAAACCAAAACACGGAAGCCAACGAGAACAAACCAAUCAGAGUGAAGCCGAGACGCAUGCGCCGAAUGUAAAGCGUAGAAGCGUGUGUCAUGGCUGAAUUUAAGAAUUUUACUGUGUGUGUAUGUGGACUUUGAUUUGAAAAGUCAACUCCAGACAGCAUUGAGAACAACAUUUUGGUGAGGACGUCCGUUCGGCCUGAACCCUAACUCGUUCAUAUGACGGGCUUCGUGGACUGUCACUGUCACAUCUCUGCGGGAGACUUCGACUCGGACAUAGACGACGUGAUAAGGGAGUCCAGGAAGGCGGGACUCCUGGCACUAGUGUGUGUCGCUGAGCAUGCUGGGGAAUUCGACAGGAUCAUUGCGUUGUCUCAGAGGUUCCCCGGAUUCAUUUUCCCAUGUCUGGGGGUCCACCCUGUUCAACAAGACUCCCCUGAACGACAAAGAAGUGCACACCUCCAGGAUGUCGCAGUUGCUCUGCCCGCCAUCGAGAGGUACAAAGACCAGCUGGUGGCAGUCGGAGAGGUAGGUUUGGACUUCACGCCACGAUACAUCACCUCUGAGUCUGACAAGGAGAGUCAGAGGCAGGUCCUCAUUCGUCAGGCAGAGAUUGCCAAAACACUGGAGCUCCCGCUCAAUGUUCACUCACGCUCUGCAGGAAGACCCACCAUCCAACUCCUGAAGGAACAGGUGGCGAUGGAGGGAGUGAAGGCUGGCUACUACUUCUCCAUCCCUCCGUCGAUCAUUCGCAGUGAGCAGAAAAAACUAGUAAAGCAGUUGCCAUUGGAGAACAUGUGUCUGGAAACAGAUUCCCCUGCUCUCGGACCAGAGAAGCAGGUGAGAAACGAGCCGAAAAACAUCCACGUCUCUGCAGAGUACAUCAGUCAAGUCAAAGGAGUUUCUCUGGAGGAGGUGAUGGAGGUGACCACACGGAACGCUCUUCGCCUCUUCCCAAAGUUGAAGCUGGCCCUCAGACCAUGAGUGUAUCGACUGUGCAGCCAUGACUGGUGUACCUCAUUUUAUCAGCAAAAAGUAAAAUA